GCGGUUGCCAAGCGACAAAGUAUGUCAACAACAACAAAUGUCGAUUCUUGUGGCGGAACACUGUUGUGAAGAAUAUUAUAAUGAAAACUACAGUCAAUACUAUUUUGUUCGACGUUUCCAAGAACGAGAUAUUCAAGAUAAAUGAGAACUAUAAACUGCUGCACAGGAAACUCAAGUCGACAUGGAAAGUCAUGAUAAACCGCGAAGAGCUCUCCCCCAACAUUUUGCAAGACGUGAAAAUCCUAGUGGUACCAGGGCCGCAGAACGUGUUCACAGAUGACGAGCUGGCGUGCCUGAAGAGUGUCGUGGAGCGGGGAAACUCGGUGCUUGUGGCGAUGACCGACGGCGGCGAGGAGCGUAUGAACACGAAUAUCAACUUUUUUUUGGAGGAGUACGGGAUCGUUGUGAAUAAUGAUUGCGUGGUCCGAGCGAAAUACCACAAGUUCUACCACCCGAAGGAAUGUCACAUCUCAAGCGGUAUCCUAAAUCGCGCCGUCGCCAAGCAGAUUAUGAAGAUGCCCAACUACGCGAGCGAAUCAGACGACUUUCUUGAAGAGCCGGCGACACCCAACUUCGUGUACCCGUAUGGUGCCACGCUGACGGUGAAGCGGCCGGCGGCGGCCAUCUUGUCCAGCAGCGACGUGUGCUACCCGGUGAAGAGGCCCAUCGCAGCGCUCUACACUUCUGAGAAGAGUGGGGGAAAAUUAUUUGUAAUCGGGUCGGGCCACUUCUUCGCCGACCAGUACCUGGAGAGCGAGUGCAAUGACCUCAUCCGGGAGAAGAUCUUCGAUCACCUCGGCGGGAUCACCGACCUGCACCUCAACCCAGUGGAUGUCGAGGAUCCCGACGUCAAUGAGUACCGCACAAUAGGCGACACGAUGUGGCUCUCGUCGGUGCCGCUGCCCGAGCCGGCCACGGCGCCGCCGCCCCGCCUCACCCCGCUGCACCCGCACGCUCUCUUCUCCUGGCGCCUGUUCUCGCUUAACCUCGCUCGCCUACCCGAAGUACUAGGGUUGUAUGACGCGCUAGGAGUCAAACACGAACCGCUGCGGCUAAUAGCGCCGCAGUUCGAGACACCUUUCCCGCCACUACAACUAGCGGUAUUCCCUCCGACAUUCCGCGAGCCCCCGCCCCCACCGCUGGAGCUGUUUGACCUGGACGAGGCCCUGAGCUCGGAGCGCGCCCAGCUGGCUCGGCUCGCCAACAAGUGUCUACAGCCCACCGCGCGACUAGGCGAAGGUGACGGGAGCCACAUUGAAAACGAGCUGGAAUACCUGGUCCAGGAGUGCGGGCGCGUGGUGCGUCUGUCCCGCGCGCUGCCGCCCGACACGCCGCGCGGCAAGACCAUUCUGCACCAGCUCGCCACGCAGCUCGCCACGUUCAAGAAACUCGCCGUUAAGGACUAGAGGA